CUCUAAAGUAGGGGGUAGUAAAGGUUUGUUCCCCUGCAGGGCAGUUGUGGACGGGGGUGUUGUUGUGGUUUGUGUGCAGCUCAGAUCGUGUGUUUUCUCAGUGCUAAAGGAAAUUGCAUCAGUAUGCAUUAUCCAGCUGGGAGGAGGGCCGAAGCCGAGCUCGCUGUCUGUCUCUCUCUCAAACUUCCCAUUAGAGCGGAGAGACACCGGCAGACGUAGUCAUGGGUGCAGCGGACCUGACGCGCUCCGUGUCGCUCAGUGCAUGGACUUACACUGGAUUAAUGAACUAAAUCUAUUUAUUUAUUUAGCAUAUUUAUGGUUUUUCUUCUAUCCUGAGUGCGGACACUGAGCACUAUGCACUCCAGAGUGAAGUCGCGGAGCUGUGAUAAUUACCUGAGUAUAAAGGACUCAGAGUCAUUGGACCACUGCAUUCAGAGUACGCUCUCUGCACUGUACCCUCCGUUCAGCGCGAGCGCGGCGACCGUGCUGUGGCAGCUCUUCAGCGUGGUGGAGAGACAGUACCGUGGCGACGGCCUGCGCUGUUUCAUUGACUUUCUGCUGCCCACCAAGAGAAUCCUGCAGAUAAUAAAGCAGGAGGCCUGUCUGCGAUUCAAAGGCCUGUUGCUGUACCACGAGGGAUGGCCGCUCUGUUUACAUGAGAAGGUGGUUCUGCAACUCGCGCCGCUGCAUAAAGUACGUCUGCGGCAGGGAGAUUUCUACCUGCAGGUGGUUCCUUUAGGCCGCAAGGCUGCCAAACUGGUUAUAAAAUGCCUGUCAGGGAGCGGGCAAGCCAUUGCAGAGAUCCCUGUGGCCGAGAGCAUGUACGGCAGCAUUUUUACACCGGACUUCCUGCAGAAUGUAACGCUUGAGCGCAACUUGCAGCCUCUCCAGAACUGCCUCCUCAGCACCGGCGCCGUGGUUUAUCGCACACCCUGGAAGAACGUGGUGAAUCCUUUGUUUGUGACCAGCACCGCCGACGCAAUCAUGCAGGCGAGGAGCGGUGGUGCGACCCUGCGUGGUCAGCUCAGCACAUGCAGCACACACGGAUCCACGGGAACGCUCAGUUCACGAGACUCUCUGGGCGGCGAGUCCACCGUGUCGGAGCCCGUUCUCAGUCGCAGCCUCACGGAUAUGGGCAUCGGCUCCAUGCGCUCAGAGGAUUCGCCCUUGCAAAAGAGUCCCAGCCCAGAUCAGGGAUUCAUCCGAGGUAGAAUCGGCCACAAAAUGCUGUCGUUCAGCACGGACCUUAGUAAUCCCGGCCUUCGCAAACGUCACCCUAGAGACUCGACAACCUUCGAGUCACGCCGGCUUUUCCGCAAGUCCUACAUGGAGGCACUGCAGAACCCCAUGAACAUCGGUUCCAGCUCUGAAUCCAUUCUGGAGGAGGGAACGGAGUCGACUUCUGGCUCCGUUCCGAAGGAGCCGAUCCCACGGAGGAUCUGUGCCCGUGGAUGGCUGGGAGGAGAUGAACCUCGCAACGGUUCUCCCGCCAUAAAUCCAUCCAAGAAUGCUGAGCUCAGUCCAGAGGAGAGACGCUCCAAAUCUCUUGAACGUACCAAUAAGGCCUUGCAGGUUAAAGGCCACCGGGCACGCUCAUCCUCCGGCGGCUCUGGCAGUGGCCUUCCCAAGAAACUUAUGAAUGGUUAUACAUUCCGUUUCGGAAAACUGGACUUGGAGGCAGCCUUUCCUGGCAUUGAGAAACGGAGCAACAAAGAGAACUCAGGUCUCUCUGAUGAUGGUCUGCGCUCAGGUCCCAGAAGGAACAGUAACAGCGGAGAUGAGUGUGUUUCUCCCAAACCCUCCGGCAGACCAGUGGUCUCUCCUGCCCCGUCCACGACGCCCCCUGCUGUCUGUUCCACACCGCUGCCAUCACUCAUGACCCAGGUCAACCAGGAGCUCUUGACCUCUGGUGCGAUAACGCUUCCUGGUAACCAAGACCGCAGUGGGAGAGCAGUGCUGCAGGUGUGCACCAGGAGCCAGGUGUGGACAGACGCAUGUCACACCACAAACGAGAUCACCGGGCUGCUCUGCUACUACUGCAACAGACUGCGGAGGGAGAAACGAGAUCUGGGUUUGACGGUUCUCGUUGACGCUCGCAGACAGCAGGCCACUUCCACACUGUUCUCGGCUCUGUCUCAGUUUCAGACUUCUAUACCCAAUGCACUUUAUUCAGUUUUGUUUCUCGUGGACAAAGAUGCAGCAGUAAAAGUGGAGAGAGACAUCACAGUUCCAUGUGAAGUCCUGACGUCUCUGAAAGCUCUACAGAAGCACAUUGACUCGUCUCAGCUCACCAGAGACUUUGAUGGCACCUUCUCAUAUGACCACAGCCACUACAUUCACUUCAGACAGAAAAUUGAACCGUUUGCUACGAGCUGCAGCGCUGCGAUCUCUUCCCUUCAGAGCUCCAUUGAGACACUAAACAAUAUCGGCAAUCUAGAGACGUCUGAGGAGGUGUCAGAGGUCAUCAGCCAGCAGAAGAAUCUUAUGAAGAGCAUUCUGGAUGACACAAAACUAAACCGCCUGCGGCUGGAGGGCGGCACGUUUCUGGCACGGAUCAGGAAAGAGGAGAUGUGUGAAAACGAGAACUAUAGAGACGCUGUGGAUAUGGUCAGUGUGCUGUAUAACCAGGUGGAUGAGGAGGUCCACAAACUCGUCAUUCUGUCUAAUAAAUCACUGCAGCAGCUGGAGACGCUACUGGAGCUGCGCACGCUACAGGAGCGACACGAGGAGGUGAAGAGGUGGUUUUAUGUGGAGAGUGAGAAACAUUUGGCUCCUUUGGACUCGUAUAGUCUCUCUCUGAGCUCCAUUCAGGACAUGAGACAGAGUCUGGCCCAGUUCAUGGACGAGUCCACAGAACAGCAGAAGAAAGCUGCAACGUUGUUGAGGGAGUCUAAAGCCGGUUCAGCUCUUCAAGAGGUCAAACAGCACAUUAGCACCGUCCUGCAGCGGAGCGAGGCGCGCAAGAACGAACUGGAGGUCCUGCACAACCUCUAUGAGUUCUACGAAUCGGCAAACCAGUGGAUGGUCCAUUGCCAGGAGUACUUCUGUCAGCUGAGGCUGGACGAUAAUGCGGUCAGUUACACGCCUUCUGUCCUGCACGUUUUGCAGGAUUACCACAGCGAGGCCACAAAGUUCUCCCUGGACAACUUCAGCGCGCUCAAUCAGAUGGUGCUGAACCUCAACAGCCCACGGGAGCUGCAGCAGUGGAACAGCGUUUGGCAGAAGUGCCAGCAAACCAAACAGCAGCUGGAGGAAGCACUGGCCAAGGCUGCCGCGACCUCCAAAGAAUCUGCGCUUAUGACAUCAAAACUUUUGGAAACCCAAAACGGAGUAGGUUCCUCUGAGCUUCCCACUCUGAGCUCCUCUUCCACGUUGUGUUUUGAUUAUGAAGAUGAGAAGCCGCAUUCAGCAGGUCCGUUCUCCAGAAGCCAGUUCCAAUUUCCACCGGAGAGCGGCAAGCUCUCGACAUCCACAUUUGACGACACCGACAGCGACUGUACCGUCGACUCAUUCGCCUCGUGUCACUCCGAGCCGCUGCAUUCACCAGCGUCGCGUCAGCGUAAGCAGCCGCUCAAAAAGAUCAUGAAGAAAACCAUGAGCUACGAGCUGAUGGCGCGUGACAAAGCUCACUCGGAUGCUGGUCAUCAUGGGUACACGGGCAUCUACAUUAAAGGACUGGAGGUCACCAACAACGUGUGCAUAGAGAAGAAGCUCCAGCGGCCAGACAUGAAGAGUCCAGCACUGGGCCGCAGUCGCAGCAUGUCGUCCCCGCCCAGGGCGCACUGCAGACACAGCGACGGGGACGUGAAGACACACAGCAGCAAAAUUCAGCACAUCAUGGACGAGAUGAUCUCCACAGAGAGAGAGUACGUCAGAUCUCUCAGCUACAUCAUCGAGCACUACUUCCCUGAGAUGGAGCGACUGGACCUUCCUCAGGACCUGAGAGGGAAGCGCAGCAUUAUUUUUGGGAAUUUGGAGAAGCUGUGUGACUUCCACAGCCAGUACUUCCUGAAGGAUCUGGAGAGCUGCGCCCACUCGCCCCUGUCCAUCAGCAGCUGCUUCCUGCAACACGAGGAGCAGUUCGGUAUGUACGCCCUGUACAGCAAGAACAAGCCCCGCUCAGAUGCCUUGCUAAUAAGCCACGGAAACAGUUUCUUCAAGAAUAAACAGGUGGAGUUGGGCGAUAAGAUGGACUUGGCGUCCUACCUGCUGAAGCCCAUCCAGAGGAUGAGUAAAUACGCUCUUCUCCUGAAGGAUCUGAUUAAGGAGUGCGGUCACUCUCAGGAGCAGGAGCUCACUGACCUCAGAACAGCUGAAGAGAUGGUCAAGUUCCAGCUGCGUCACGGGAAUGACCUCCUAGCCAUGGACGCCAUCCGUGGAUGUGAUGUCAACCUGAAGGAGCAGGGCCAGCUUCGGUGUCAGGAUGAGUUCAUUGUGUGGUGCGGACGCAAAAAAUACCUUCGUCACGUUUUCCUGUUCGAGGACCUCAUCCUCUUCAGCAAGACCAAAAAGAUUGAAGGAGGAUAUGACAUCUAUAUCUACAAACAGUCCUACAAGACAGCCGAGAUCGGAAUGACGGAGAACGUCGGCGAUAGUGGGCUGCGCUUUGAGAUCUGGUUUCGCCGAAGGAAAUCCCAGGAUACGUUCAUCCUACAGGCCAGUUCUGGAGAGGUGAAGGCCGCGUGGACCAGCGUCAUCGGCAAGAUCCUGUGGCGGCAGGCCUUACGAAACCGAGAGUUGCGGAUGCAGGAGAUGGUUUCUAUGGGAAUUGGAAACAAGCCGUUCAUGGACAUCAAACCCAGCGACUCUGCGAUCAGCGAUCGAGCCGUCGACUACAUUAUGAAAGGGUCAGAGUCGAGGAUGCGAGCGUCCAUAGCGGUGUCCUCGUUCGACCACACCACGCCGUUUAAGAGACCUCACUCCACCAUUUCCAACAGCAGCUCAUCAUCCUCCAGCAGUCAGUCGUCGUCCUCUCUGCUGGGCUCUCUGAACCUGCAUCUGUACCCGUCUCACCCGCUGCCCGGCUGCCCGUCUCUGUCCCACUGGCCGUACGACUGCAUCGAAGAGGACGAGCUGGAGCACGAUUCUACCGUUCAGUCCUCCAUGAUCAGUGACAGUGCUGAGAGCUCGUCGCAGUGCACCUCCAGUGACAGUGUCAGCGGUCUGAGCAGCAUCACUGUCCAGCAUCACCCUGCAUUAGCGAUGGAGAGUUACACCAGUGACGGAGGCUCGUACCUAUCCUCUCCCACACCCUCACCGUCUCCACCCAAAGUCACGUCCUCCAUCCUCUACCACAAAGAGCAGGAGCUGCAGACUCAGAGCAGCAAGUUCAUCACAGCGCAGAGCAAGACCUCUCAUUGCCCGUUAGGCCUCUCGACUCUUGUCUGAAUCAAACGGUUUAGAUCACUGUGAAUCCACUGAGACGGAGUGACGGGGAAGACUGCUGUUGGACUGUGAACGUUGGACGCCGCGGAUCACGAGACGUGUUCGGACAGACGGCGCUCAUAUGCACUGAGACUUUUCAUAGUUUCUGAAAAUCGUCCAGAGCCUCGCUGAUGAGUAUGAAUAAAACACCUCACCAGCGCUGGUACGUUAUUGGACCGGGGCGACGAGAUGACGGAUGUAAAUUAUUAUAAGGCGUUUUAUUUUUAUGUUUUUCACUUUAAGAAACAUGAUUUCAUCAGCACAACAGAGACUUGUGACUUCACCACUCCACAUUUGACUGAUCUGUACAAAGUGUCUUUAAAUAGAUGAGAUUACUGGCAUGCACUACUAAUAAAAUCCACUGAGGAUUGCAUUUUUAUUAA